AUGACGAAAAGAAGUCGAUCUCAAAAACAGGCUACUGUGGACGAUAUCGAAGAAGUCCCGGGAAAAAUGAAGUGCUUUAAAUGGGAACCAGCAAAGUGGCAGACUCAGUUCAACAACAUCCGGAAGAUGCGUGAAAAGCGUGACGCUCCUGUGGACGUGAUGGGUUGCGAAAGACUUGCUGUUGAGUCAGAAGAGCCGAGAACUUUUAGAUUACAGGUUUUGAUCAGUCUGAUGCUGUCAAGCCAAACAAAAGACCAAGUUACAGCUGCUGCCAUGAAACGUCUGAUAUCGAGGGGGUGUACUUUGACAGAGUUAAUAAAUAUGAAGACGGAAGACUUGCAGGAGUUGAUAUACCCGGUAGGGUUUCACAAAACAAAAGCUUCAAAUAUAAAGAAAGCAUGUGAAAUUAUCAAACAAAAUUAUGACUCAGACAUUCCGAAGACUGUUAGCGAACUAUGCACUUUACCUGGUGUCGGUCCGAAAAUGGCACACCUAGCAAUGCAAUGCGCGUGGAAAGAAGUAACAGGGAUAGGUGUAGAUGUACAUGUACAUCGAAUCGCCAACCGUUUAGGUUGGACUAGGAUGAAAACUAAAACGCCAGAGGAAACUCGUGUUGCACUGGAAGAAUGGUUACCGAGGGAGCACUGGAGGGAAAUUAAUUGGUUACUAGUUGGAUUUGGCCAACAAAUAUGCCGUUCAAAGAACCCGAGUUGUAUAGAUUGCUUGAAUAGAUCAAUUUGCCCAUCUGCACAAAAAAUCAAGAUUAAGACAAACGGCGACUAA